UUUCAAUUCGAUUGUAUAAAGUUUAAUUAAGCUCUAUUAAUUGAAAUGCGUCUCAUGCUUUGUUUACAAUAGGGAUGAGUAUGUGUUGAGACUUUUUGAAAAUGGACACUUCAUAUCGAAGGAAAAGAAAUGGGUUCAAUUUUAUGUUUCAACAAAACUUAACACGAAAGGUGACGAAUGUCCUAUUGAGUUGCAAAGGUUUCUAGAUUUGAAUUGUACUGCGACAGACAAAUUCCUUUAAAACAUCGCUAAACUAUGUCUUAUAAGCGGACGUAAAGGUUAAUAUCUCAAUUGACCUUUUUAUUUGAUAUCAAAAUACCAUUUGGUUUUUUUUACACAUGUCAAUCUUUGUAUUUGUAAGACUCUUUGGUUUUCCAGUUAUUUACACAAAAUGACUUUGAUUAUAAUUUAGCGAAAAGUUAUUGUCACACAAAGAAAAGGUUCAUAAACUUUUCUUGGUUAAUAACUCAUUUCCUUACUUGAAUGAUCAUAGUACGGAUCUGUCUCAACGAAUAUAACCUCAAUAUGUAGGCAAGAUAUUCAUUCCUCUCUUCCAUCCGUAUUAAUGUAUUUACUCUUGUCUUUUUUUUCCCUCUUAUAUGUAAACAAACAUCAUGCCUUUGGAGUAACAGAUGAGUUAACAAUUCUAUCAUAAUUUGACAUCGUACCAAGAUUCCACUAGUAAGGUUCAAAAAGAAGAUUCUCAAUUUUCCUUUUAUUUGUUUGCAACUUCCUACUUCCUUUUUCUCACAUUCCGGUUUUAUUAGCCUCCUUUAUAAAGCUUUCUUUCAGUUGACAUAAAGCAAGAUACAUUCGAGGAAUAGGCAUCUUUGAAAAUCGAUCCAGAGUUAUUUAAUAUUUGUUUUCAACUUUUAACAUUUUCUUCUUUUUCCUAGAAUUCGACAAUUUGUUAAAUUUUUAAUAGUGCUCUAUAGUUGUUACAAUGAAGCUGGUUGUCUUAGGUGGAUCUGGGUUCCUUGGUCAUAACAUAUGUAAACUUGCGAUUGCAAGAGGGCAUCAAGUUGUCUCUGUGUCUCGAAGAGGACGUGGUGGAAUUCAAUACAAAGAACCAUGGAUGGAAAAAGUCCAUUGGGAAAAAGUGGAUGCAAUGAAGGAACCCCAUUCCCUUCUUCCUAUUGUUCAAGAUGCUUCUGCAGUAGUUAAUACGGUCGGAAUCCUUAUGGAAUCCAACUAUAAGCAAGCUCUUGAAAACCCAAGAGGCUCGAUUCUUCAACUCGUCAAGAACUUGAGGAGCAAUGUUUUCCAAGGCUCUGAAAACCCAUUGAAAAAACCCCCUUCUCCAUCUGUUCCUCCUGCUAAGCCAAAUCUACGAUUUGAAACUAUCAACCGAGACUUAGCUAUUAACACAGCCAAUAUAGCGGCUGAAGCCCAUGUCCCAGUAUACUGUUAUAUUUCCGCUCAUGCAUCUGUUCCUGGGCUCGAUCCACGAUAUAUAAGUACGAAGCGAGAGGCCGAGCAAGCUAUUUCUAAAAUACCAAAUAUGCGAUCCAUUUUUGUACGUCCUACCUUUAUGUAUGAUACCUAUAAUCGACCUAUAUCUGGAGUCUUCGCUCCUCUUCUGAAACUUUCUUCUGGAUUCAACCAUUUUUGCUCUGGAUUUUUUGAUUUUCUUGGAGCUGCUUCUGCUGAGCCUUUACCGACUUCAGAUGUCGCAAAAGCUGCUCUUGAAGCUAUUCUUGAUCCUUCAAAAUCUGGUCCAUUGGGAAUACAAGAAAUCAAAGACUUGGCGAAUCGAGCAUCUUCUUCCUCCAAUUCGUCUUCUUUUUGAUUUAACCAAGCCUUAGGCUUGGGAAUCGUCGUAAACAAUAAUAAAUUCCUGAACAAAACUCAUGAUAUAGCCCAUAAGAGUCGAAGAGUUUGAUUUCGUCUUUUUUUUACUUAUAUUGACAAAUACAUUUUAUAUUACAAGCAAUAAUAAAUUUACAUUUAAAAAAUGAUAU